CUACAAGAAACAUUGAAGAAAACAUGCCUUGAAUUGGAGCGCUACCUGCAGACGGAGCCCAGGAGGAUCUCAGACACCUUCGGGGAGGACCUGGACUGCUUCUUGCACGCAUCCCCUCCCCAAUGCGUGGAGGACAGCUUGCGGUGCCUGGACCCCCUGCUGCUCCCCGUGGAUGCCCCUCUGUGCGAACGCGGCACGGCCGUCGACCUGCUGUUGUCCCGGGACUCUCUGCUCUCCGAGACCUGCCUGGGCCUGCCACCCGCCGCUGGGCCCACCCUGGACAGCUGUGCGGCCGUCAACCAGGCCCAGCUCAAUGCGGUGACCUCGCUUACGCCCCCCUCGUCUCCCGAGCUCAGCCGCCACCUGGUCAAAACCUCACAGACCCUGGCCGUGGAUGGCACCGUGACAUUGAGACUGGUGGCCAAGAAGGCUGCGCUGGGGUCCACUAAGGUGGGAGGUGUGGCGACAGCUGCUGCGGCCGUGGCCCCUGGGGUCAGCAAGAGUGGGCCGAGCGACAGUGACCCUGGGGGGCCAGGGGCCGAGGCCUGCCCUGAGAAUAAGAAGAGGGUCCACCGCUGCCAGUUUAACGGGUGCCGCAAGGUGUACACGAAAAGCUCCCACCUCAAGGCCCACCAGAGGACUCACACAGGUGAGAAGCCUUACAAGUGCUCCUGGGAGGGGUGCGAGUGGCGUUUUGCACGGAGUGAUGAACUCACGAGGCACUACAGGAAACACACAGGUGCGAAGCCCUUCAAAUGCAACCACUGCGACAGGUGUUUUUCCAGGUCCGACCAUCUGGCCCUCCACAUGAAGAGACACAUCUAA